UUCUCACAAUCGAUUAAGAGUUCCACCGUAUACGGUUAUCUCGUCAAAUACAAUAUCGAUCGUUGAGCGUUAUAUAUUAACUGACUUGAUUUCUUCGUUUUCUGCCAAUUGAGAAAAUCAAUGAUUGAAAGUGAAGUGGGAGGCGGGAGGAACAGGGUUAAAGGACCUAUCAUCAUUAGGUGUUACAUUCCGAGGGACUUCCCGGCUGUCGUACGAUUUCUCGUUUAAAAGGGGAACGCUGUUUAGCUAUGCCCAUUCAGUUUCACCAUUUUCACCAAACUACGACGACUACGUUGACCUUCGUGGAUUUUUAACGAUGACAAGGAUCAUCCUUAUUUUCAACAUUAUUCUCAUUAUUUUUCAAUUCAAAAAUGAUUUGAUCCUUGGCUCGCCUUUAACCGAGACUAUGAUGAAUCGUCUCAACGUUACCGGUUGUCCAAGGAUUGUAACUAGAGAGGAAUGGAAAGCACGUAAACCUUUGGGCGAGCAACAAAUCGAACGUACACCAACGCCAUACGUAGUUAUUCAUCAUGGUGGAAUACGUCAAUAUUGUUACGAUCAAGAAACAUGUAGCAAAAUAGUAAGGUCUUAUCAGAGAUUACAUAUCGAUGAUCAUGGUUGGUUCGAUCUUGGUUAUAAUUUUGUAAUUGGCGAGGAUGGUAAUAUUUACGAGGGCCGUGGAUGGAAUAAAGUUGGUGCACACGCGCCCGGAUAUAAUUUUCAAAGUAUCGGCAUUUGCAUUAUUGGUGAUUUUAUGGAUUUUCUACCAAAUGCCUUGGCUCUUCGUGCUUUAAAUUCUCUGAUCUCAUGCGGCGUCUUUCUUGGAAAGAUACAUCAUGAUUACAAUGUUAUUGGACAUAGACAAGCGCGUAAUACGCUUUGUCCAGGAGAUACGUUUUACAAAUACGUCAUGACGUUUCCUCAUUGGACAUCUCAUCCUAUACCUGAAAAAGUACAAACUACGACUACUAAUGCACCGUCGAAGUAUCAAUUGGGAAUACCCAUAUCUCAAAGAGAAUAUAAUAUAUUCCAAGUAAUCAGAAUGGUACGAGCGACGUUUCUACUUAUUGCAACGUGCAUCACAAUUUGCCAUCCAGCGGAAAUUGCAAAUUCUGCUGCAACUUCUGAAAUACCUAACAUCAUUUCGAGACAACAAUGGGGAGCUAGAUCACCGAAAACCACUAUACGUCCUCUUAGAAUAAAUCCACCUCCGUAUGUUAUUAUUCAUCAUUCGGAUACUGUUAGUUGUAACACUCAAGCUAUUUGUCAGGCUAGAGUGAGAAGUUUUCAGAAUUAUCAUAUGGACACGAAAAAAUGGAACGACAUAGGCUACAAUUUUUUGGUCGGUGAAGAUGGUAAUGUCUACGAAGGUCUUGGCUGGGGUAAACAUGGCUCUCAUUCAAUCCCAUAUAAUUCCAAGAGUAUUGGUAUUUGUAUCAUUGGUAAUUUUACUAAUACCACACCAAAUCCAGCGAGCAUUCGGACAACGAAGAAUUUAAUAGCUUAUGGUGUAGCUAACAACAAAAUCAAAUCCGAUUAUAAGCUUCUUGGCCAUCGACAAACCGCUCAAACUGAUUGUCCUGGAAAUUCAUUAUACAAUAUGAUUAAAACAUGGAAUAAUUGGAGCGAUAUGCCAUGAGAAAUAUAAUCGUUAUGCGAUUAAAUUUAUUUACGAGGUAUAACGUUAUAUCGUUAUAAUAUUAACAAUUAUUGUUAUAUCGUCUUAAUGAUCAUUUUGACUUGUUUUCAAUUAACAAUAUAAAUAGAUACGUACAAAUUUGACAUUCCUACGAAUAUUUUCGUUUGUUGUAUCGUAAAGAAAGAAUUUUAAAAGGAUUAAUAAUAUUUUGUAUGCUUAUAUAGUUAUCGUGGGUGAAUCUUUUGUAAUUUGUAAUGCGUAAGGUUUAUUCAUUAUUUUUUUUUUUUUUAUGAUAUAUACAAAGACAAAUGUAUAUAUUUACAAAAGUAUAAAAUUUUCUCAAUGAUUUACAAUAUGCUUAUUGAUCAAAAUAAUUUUUGUUUAGAUUGUAUCCUUCUAUAUCGUAUGUUUAUGAUCAUUCGAUUAGAUCUAUUAAAACGGGACAUCUCUCACAGUAAAUAAUAAAAAGAGAGGGAAUUCACCGUAUUUAUUAUAAGAGGAAAAAUCAAGCUUGACAGAUGCUAAUUUAUGGGUAUAUCAUUAUUUAUAGAUGUCUUACUAAUUAGAGAUCUCUUAUUGAUGUCUCGUUAGAACGAUUGUAUCGCAUACCAAUAUCAGAAUUUUUUACGAUGGAUUGGAUCGAUAAUGCCGAUAAUAAUAGAUUUCUGUUUUACCAACUGUAUAUGAAUGUCGAUGUUAACGAAUGAACGUUCUUGUUUA